AAUAAAGAAAAAUGAAGCUAAACAUGUUCCUACGAAAAAUAUCAUUUAUAUGGUUGUUAUUUAAUGUUUCUGUUAUACCAUUACCACUGUAUAAAGUUGAGCACUAUAAAUGAUAUGAUCUCUAAUCACUGUUAUAGAUAAUUUUUCUACUAAUGGUUUAACUUUAUGCAGAUCAAUUUAGAAAAUGAGAAAGUAUUUGAGAUUUCAUCUGAUAGCAAAGAUUAUGAUGAAGAAAAUGAAAAUGAAUUGAUACAACCUGCAGAUUUAGCAGAAUUAAAAUUUAAUAUACAAGAUGAAAGUAGAUAUAAACCUUUACAUUCAUAUGUGGACAAUUACAAUAAACGUAAAACAGUGAAUAAAAUGCAAUAUAUAAAUGAACUUCCUAAUUUAAAACCACAUAUAUGGGAAAGUUCUAACAUAGAAGAAGAUAAACCAUUUAUCGCGGGUUUUAAAGAAGAUCUGGAUAAAAUUAUAAAAGCUGCAAGAUCAAGACAUUUAUAAAAGAGUCCAUCGAGCAAAACAUAAUAAUGAACAAUAUGAUACUCCUAUUACGAAAAUAAAUCAUCAGAAUGAAUAUACA